AUGUCAACUACAUACUUGCUAGUGUUGUUGCUUGGCAUGGUGGUUCUCACCACCCCCUCACUUGCUGAUUACCCUGAGCAUCCCCCAUUCGAGAAGCCACCACCAGAGCAUAAGCCUCCAGUGGAGAAGCCACCUCCAGAACACAAGCCACCCACUAAACCUCCCCAGGGAGAGAAGCCCCUCCCAGAACACAAGCCACCGACCCCAAUUGGUAAACCUCCCAAGGGAGAGAAGCCACCACCAGAACACAAAUCCACCCCAUUCGAAAAACCUCCCAAGGGGGAGAAGCCACUCCCAGAACACAAGCCACCAACCCCAGUUGGCAAACCACCCAAGGGAGAGAAGCCACUCCCAGAAAACAAGCCACCAACCCCAGUUGGCAAACCACCCAAGGGAGAGAAGCCACCACAUUAUGGUCACAACCCUGGUCACCCUCCUGCUGAGAAUGCUGAAGACUCAUACAAGCCACCUCGGAAGAUUAAGCCUCCUUCAACUCCAGCAAAGAAGCAACCAGCUCCCGGAAAGAAGCUGCCAACUUCCCCGCACAAGCCACCCCUCAAACCUCCUUCUCCCGUCCAUCCCAACUGA